ACUCAAAUCACCCUGAAAUGACCUUUGUAGGCUCACAUGGAACCCAACGAGUUAUACACCGUGUUGCGUUUUCAGACUGUCAAAAUGGAUUAGGCAUUAAAAUUAUUGGAGGCUGUCAAGAUCGAUCCAAAGAAGAAUAUGGAAUUUUCAUAAAGGAGAUAUUACCCGAGAGGAUAGCUGCUACAGAUCAAUUGUGUAUUGGAGAUUUGAUUUUAGAAGUGAAUGGCCAAAAAUUACGUGGCGUAACUAAUGAAAGAGCUGUUGACAUAUUACAGAUGGCAUCGGCAACCAAUCGCGUGUCUUUGCUUAUCGCCCGAGAUGAAGAUGCAAAGAAAGAAUUUCUGGCCUUGAUGGAGAAAUACAGUUCACACAGUAACAUAAACUCCAGAAGGAAUUCCCCGACGCAGCUCCUAACUGUAAAAGGUGUUGAUAGCUUUUCUUCAGGGGCAUCUUCAGUGAGUCCUCCAUUAUUUCAUCCAAAGGACACUGUGACAAACCUCCCAGGAAGGCCUGCAGCGGUAACUUCCCUUCAAGCCACCACAAAUGACAGCAUAUUUCAGAUUAUCAGUGUUUCCAAGGAAACGGGUCUGGGCCUGCAGAUUGUAGGAGGCAUCGACAAGAAUGAAGGGCCCUUGGUGUAUAUUCUGGCAGUUAUUCCUGGAGGUGACUGUCAUAAGGAUGGUCGAUUGAGACCUGGUGACCAGCUUGUAUCUGUUGAUGGGGAAUCAUUGAUUGGAAUCAACUACGAAGAGGCGAGGAAUCUAAUCAACCGAACACAGCCGAGAUCAAAUACCUCUUGGGAGAUAACUUUCAUUCGACAUGAUUCUAGUCCUGAUGAAGUGGAAAAUAUGCAUCCAUUCUCCAAUCUGCUAAGUUCAGAGAGGUGUGGACUACAGAAUGAUCUACCCAGUCCAACAUCGUCUUUUAAUGAGAAUGUUGCUGCCGAGAAGUCUGUCCUUAAUAUGAUGAAAACUGGAUUCAAGAAAGGAGAACAAUUUUCUGCUUUUUUUACAGACAACAGUUCCAUUGAUGUAUCAGCUGGGGCUGUUAGCCCCUCCUGGAGAAUUGAUUAUGGACCGCAAAGGAAGAUUUCCCUCAAUCCCUCAGUUCGCCUCAAAGCAGAUAAACUAGAGAUGGCUUUGAAGUAUCUUGGGAUUCAGCCUACAGAAGAAGAGCAAGAAAUCCUAAGGCAACAGCUACCAAGGGAUUCUGAAGGAACAGUCUGUUUUGGAGAUUUUGUUCAGGUGGCAAGAAAUUUGUUUUCUCAGCAGCUGGAUGAGACUGGUCACAGCCCUAUACAUGAAAUUGCUAAAUUACUAGAUUCACAGCUUGUAUCUUGCGAUCAUUUGGAAAGACGUGAAAUGGAACAACUUAGGAAAGAGAAAAAUGAAGCCUUGAAAGAAAUAUGUCAGCUGAAGGAAGAAUUGGCAAAGUCAGAACGUGUGAGAAAACAACUAGCUGAAGAGUUGCGGAUUACCAAACAAGAAGCCAAGGCAUCUGUGGAAGAGGCGAGAACCUUACGAAGCAGAAUCCACCUCGCAGAAGCUGCCCAAAAGCAAGCUCGCGGAAUGGAACUGGACUACGAGGAAGUAAUCAGUUUGUUGGAGGUAGAAAUCACCAGGCUGAGGGCUCAGCUGGCUGAUCACGGUGGUGGCCAAAAUAAAGAGAGUGUGCAAGAUUUAAGGAAGAGGAUUACUGUGCUUGAUUGUCAAUUAAGAAAAUCUGAAACAGCCAAGAAGACCUUUGAGGUGGCAACUGAAAAAUUGCUAGAAUUUGUUGAGACUGUACCCGAAAUACUAUUACAUGGCAGUAGCCCUCCAGUCACUUUAAGUGACAGGAAAGCCACAAUCUCUUCAAAAAUGCUCCUUGCACAUCUGGGACGGAAUGGCCACACUCUUGCGGCAUCUCUUGCAACAGAAGCCAAAGAACUUGCUAGAUCUGUCCGGUCCAUUCUAGAAGCAGAUUGUCUGCCUUAUGGGUGGGAAAAAGCGUAUACAGCAGAUGGAAUCAAAUACUUCAUCAACCAUGUGACACAAACAACAUCUUGGAUCCAUCCUGUCACUAAUGUCCUUGCCUUGUCAUGCUUGGAAGGGAACGUGGAUGAUGGUUUCCGAGAGCUUCCGGAUCCCCAAACCUGAGACCAUAGAUGAAAGACAAGCUGCUUCCAACAAUUUAUUCAUCAACAGAAAUAAAUUAAAGUUUAGUUAUUGUUUCUGUGUAACAGAUUACCAGGGUAAACAAUUGCCCUCACAGGAUCAGUAUUAUACAGAAGAACCAGUUUCAUAUUCCAAGAGCUUUUCAAUAUUGUUUAUGUCCUUCCCAUUACCAAUUCAUAUUCUUGCGAAUCAACCACGGACAACUUCUUGCAUUCCUGAUCAUUAUUGCUGAUAACAGAUGAGAGGUGCUAUAUCUGGCCCAAGAGCUGAAUUGUUUCUUACUGUGUGUUAUUCGAUAGUGCUGAGUCCCUCAAGCUAGUCCUACCAUGAGGUAGAUUUAAGAGACUAGGUUCAGAAAGUUUGGGGGUAUAGAAAGGUAACAAAAACAGUUGAUUUGGGA